UCCUUUCCACAAAGUUUGUGGAUUAUUGUAUCAAAAAGGAUGACAUUCUCGAAAUUGGCAAAGGUUAUCUCCCCAGAAAUUUUUCGUAUAUAAGAUGAUGAGUAUUCUCAAAAUUAUAGCACAGUCAGUAAAAAACCUUUAUCCACUGAUCAACAUGAAAUUCUUCAUUGUCUCUUUGGCCAUUGUGGCAGUAGUGGCAGCCGAUGUUUCUCACUUGAAUCUCAGUCCGUUGGUGAAAAUUUUGAAACAAUCAUCAGACGUUGCACCUGAUGGUUCAUACAAUUAUCAUUAUGAAACGGAAAAUGGAAUUUUUGCUGAAGAAUCUGGCCAGCCAUUGGCAGUUGGACCCGAGGGACCGGCAGUUGUUGCACGAGGAAGUUAUCGUUAUCUUGGUGAAGAUGGUGUAACAUAUGAAGUUCACUAUACUGCUGAUGAAAAUGGUUUUCAUCCAGAAGGUGCACAUAUUCCAGCAAUUCCCGCUGCUAUUCAACGAUCAUUACAAUUCAACGAGGCUCAUCCUGAAGUUCGAGUACCUAAAGAAACUGUCAAUAAAGUUGUUGGCAAACCAACCACUACAUUCAAACAAUUCCGCCAUUGAGAUAUAUCACUAUUAUAUUAACUCGUCUUUCCCAUUUCUAUGUAACAUACCUAUACAUUCUUCUCUACUCAAUAAAAAUUAUUUUUAUUUUAAAA